AUGCUGCCCAGCUUCCGCCGCUGGGUUCACUUCCGGCUGCUGGCCGCCAGCGGUGCUUUCACCGCGGCCUCAAGCGUGGCGGCCUUCCUUGGCAACCGCAGCGCCCAGAAGGUCAUGGAGGUCUCUCAGAACACGUGCCACUACAUCGGCCUCGACAAAGUCACUCAGAAGGACAUGAUGACCUCGAGCCCAGAUCCGAACCUGAGGCGGUUAUCGACGCCCUGCCGGCUGCAGGACAUCGACGCGUUCUUGAGCCACAGUUGGCACGACCCGCCUCUGGCCAAGUGGGAGGCACUACAAGCCUGGCGCAGGUCCUUCAAGGCCCAGCAUCAGCGUGAGCCACGUCUCUGGAUUGACAAGUAUUGUAUCGACCAGGAGAACAUUGAAGCCAGCCUCAUGUGCCUUCCGGUAUUCCUUGCCAGCUGCCACACGUUGCUCAUCAUCGCAGGAGAGACCUACUUUGACCGCCUUUGGUGUGUUGAGGAGGUCUUCGUCUACCUGCAGAUGUCCCGUUCCAUUGAUUCCAUCGAGCUUCUGCCCAUCUGCUCCGACAUGGAUGAGCGCAUCCAGACAUUCGACGCCCAGGCGGCACAGUGUUUCAAAGAUCGCGAUCGACAGCGGCUUUUGGCCACGAUCGAGGCUGGCUGUGGUGACUUCGAGAGCUUCAAUGCUGAUGUGCAAGAUGCCCUGAUGCAUGCCUUGAAGAAGUCGCGUUGGGCCUUUGGGGCCUGA